AUGUUCCCACACUCAAUGCCGCCGCACAACUACCAGCCCUACUACCCGCCGGUCAUGUCUGUUCCGCUACCAGUCGCCAAUCCUGGACCUGAACCUCUACGGCCCUCGACCUGCUACAUGGUCGUCCGCCAACAGCCUAGGGAAGCGCUGGUUACCAUCAAGGGCAAGGAAAAGUUUCGCAAGCCUGUGGAUCCACCACCGAUCAUCCAGCUCAAGCUUGCUAAUGACUCCGAUCCUUCGAACCACUACCUGCAAAACCCAUACAUCUUCGUCAGUGUAUCCUUGUAUAAACCAGACAGAGAUGAACCCGUCGAGCACACCCCGAACGACUCGUUGGCGGGCACCCUGGUGUCGUCCCUGCAUCGUCUCAAGGACGUUGACAAUAAGGAUGGCGGUUUCUUCGUCUUCGGCGACAUCUCUGUCAAGAUCCAGGGUAGCUACAGACUUCACUUCACCAUGUACGAGUUCCAGCCUUCAUCAUCCGAGUUCCAAUUCCUCAAUUCUGCUACGAGCGAAAGGUUCGAUGUCGUACUCCCCAAGGACUUCAAGGGUCUCGAGGAGUCUACGUACCUCUCGCGGGCGUUCUCCGACCAGGGCGUCCGCCUGAGAUUGCGCAAGGAAGCUAGAGGGAUGAUGAGCAACAAGCGAGGAUAUCCGACAGACACAGAGUCGACCUCGCAGGCGCCCAUCGCUCCCAGCUACGAGUUCCAGUCUUCGAAGAGGAGGAAGGAGGAUUAUAUCGAUAGCCCCGUCACCCCAAGCUCCGCGCCCCGCAUGAACAGUAUUUCGUUCGGUAGCAUGCCUCCCAGCAUAGGCUCUAACGCUCCGCUCAUGACGCCUUUCCAGUCCAACCCAUACGCACCCGUUACCUCGUUCGAGCAGCCACAAGAGCAGAUGAGACCACAAAUCGACCAGCAUCACCUGCAAAACUACUACUCAGCUCCGAGCGUCCACGCGCGACUGCCACAACCACCACAUCACUCGGCGUACGCUGCGUACAACCCGAUGCCAUAUCCCCAGCCUCGGCAGCAAACAGCGCAAGACCUCUACCCGAUGGUACCUAACACGUUUGAUCACCACGAAGACGGUAGCUGGGACGAUAGCAAGACCUAG